GGGGGGGGGGCGGUCAUUGUCGGCCCGGUAUAUAAGCGGGCUGAGGCCGGGCGUGUGCCAGGCUCACGAGCUGAUCCAGAGCAGCAGAGGCGCGUGCCAGCAGUCCUGAUCUACACCCGGUUCUGCUGGGUCGGAACCAACACUUCCUCAUCCCGCCAGAACUGAACCGAACCGAGAUGGACUCCGUGUUCUCCGACACCGACACCAGCUGCGACCUGUUCCCGCACACUGACGAUGAGGACAGCGUGCGGGGCAGCAGCAUGAGCGGCGCGUCCCCGCCGCCCGACCAGCCGCCGCCGCAGCAGAAGAAGCGGCGGCGCGGCCGCGGCCGCAGCGACGCCAGCGCGCAGGUGGUGAAGAAGAGCCGGCGGCUGAAGGCCAACGACCGGGAGCGGAACCGCAUGCACAACCUGAACGACGCGCUGGACACGCUGCGGGGCGUCCUGCCCGCAUUCCCGGACGAGACCAAACUCACCAAAAUCGAAACUCUGCGCUUUGCGCACAACUACAUCUGGGCUCUGUCCGAAACCAUCCGCAUCGCGGACCUGCAGGCGGGCCGCGGGGGGGAACCGCCCCUGCUGCGGCCCGCCCCCAGCCCGGCCAGCGCCGGCAGCACCGGCCGCUGCUGGAGCUCCGGCGGCUCCUCGUCCUCCUCCUCCCCGGCCUACUGCGCCUCCAGCCCGGGCAGCCCCGCCGCGCCGGACGACCUGCUGCCGCGGGACGCGCUGUUCGGCUUCCGUAGCUUCGCUUCGGGCAUCUACUGAGGACACCUGGACACACCUGGAGACAGACCUGUCCCGCAGAAGAACCGCAGUUUGCCUUACUGAACUGAAUUGGAUGAGAAGAACGUUCUUCCUCAUUUAUUUGUGUUUUACUCUAAAUAUCUUUGCACUUUCCCCCCUUAACCUCUCCGCAGUGAGCAGAUUCCAGUCAGUCCACCUCCUCCUCCUGUUUCUCCUCCUGUUCUUCCUCCUCCUCCUCCUCCUCAUGGAGGUGAAGAGUCAACUUUAUAAUUAGUAAAGCGCUGAAGCAGAAAACUGAGCGUGGAAAUCCAGUUUCUGCGCUCUGACAAAAGCUGAAAGGACCUGCCCCCCCCAGUCCCCUCACACAGAAUAUCCCCUCCCCCACCUGUUGUUUCUAUUUAUUUGCUUUCGUCACAUCAAAACCUGUAAUUUGUACAUAAACAGAUUUUUAUUCUAUUUACUAGAACGUUUUGCGGUUUUUCUACUGAAUGAAUAAAGUUUUAACGUUUCUAUUAAAAA